AUGACUCAGUACUCCACAGGAUCCGGGGUCGAAGUGGGUUUUGAGUCCUUCGUCAAAGAGCUCUACGCCUCCGCGGAGGACCCGUCCGCUACAAGCACUUUUACCGAUUUCUUCACACCCAACGGGCAGCUCAUUGUUCUUGAGAACACUGCCACUGGCGCUGAAGAGAUUGUCGCGCUGAAGGAGGAGCUUCUCCCCGUAGCAGGCAACAAGCUUUGGAAUCAUCUGCCCAACGUGACUACUGUCGACUCGGAAACGAGCGCAGAGAAGACAUACCAGGUGCUUGGUGUUAUCGAGACGAGAUACGAUGGUGGAAACUGCUCUCAGGCCUAG